CAAAUGUGACAAACGUCAUUAACGUCAACGAAAGUCGCCUACACGUGUGGUUAUCGGAAUUAAUUUUGCGAUUUCUUAAUAAAAAUAUAGGAUUGGAGGAAGCAAAUUUAGAGAAAUGUCUUCAUCAUUCUUCUUAAAAGGAAAAUCAAGGCAAGUCCACAAAAGAAAGGGCGAGAAAAUCAAGAAAAUUAAACCGAAGAGACAAGAUGUUUCUAACCUCGAAAACGGCCACGAUUCCUCAGGCAGUGAUGUAGAUUUUAAGAAGUUUUCCGACGCUGAGGAAUCCGAAAGUGACCAUGAAACAGCGGAGCAGAAGAAACUGCGGCUCGCGAAGAAGUAUCUACAAGAAAUAGAGAAAGAAGAAGCGAAGCGUGCAGAGCUAAAGGAGGUGGACGACGACGCGAUCGGGAAGCGUUUGCAAAGGGACUACUUAGAACAGAAGGGUAAACUACGCGUGGAAGUAGCGGACAAUUACGUGGCUCCUGCUGAGAGUGAUAUUAGAUUGAUUCGUGCCCGAGAACACAAGCUACCUUUGACUUGUGUGUGCGUGAGCAGUGACGGUCAAUUCGCAUUCACAGGCAGCAAGUGCGGCACUAUAGUCAAGUGGGGGAUCAAGGAGAAGCGGAAACUCGGCAGCCUGACCUUCAAAACACAUUCCAAGUAUAUGAAUGGAUGUGUAUCAGCAGUAGUCCUAUCCUCAGACACGAAAUACCUUGCAUCCUCAGAUGAAUCUAAAGAUGUGCAAAUAUGGGACCCCAUUACAUUGAAACACGUUCAUACCUUCAGAGGCCAUAAAGACAAAGUGACUGGACUUGUGUUUAGGAAAAAUACUCAUGAAUUGUAUACAGCAAGCAAAGACCGGUCUAUAAAAAUUUGGUCUUUAGAUGAAAUGGCUUAUGUUGAAUCAUUAUUUGGUCACCAGUCUUCAAUUACAUCUAUUGAUGCAUUGACCAGAGAAAGAGCAAUAUCGGCUGGUGGUAGAGACGCUUCAGUUCGGAUAUGGAAGAUAGUAGAAGAAUCACAGUUAAUAUUCAAUGGACCAGUAGGUAGCUUGGAUGAAGUAAAACUUUUAGAUGAGGAGCAUUUUGUAUCAGGAAGUGACAAUGGCUCCUUGUGUGUUUGGAGUGUGUUGAAAAAGAAACCACUGUGCACCGUUACAGAGGCCCAUGGCUCUGAAAAUAAUGUACCUAGAUGGAUAACAAGUUUAGCUACAUUGUUAAACUCCGAUGUGUUUGCAUCGGGUUCCUAUGAUAACUUUAUUAGGUUAUGGAAAGUCAGUGAUGCAUAUAGAAAAGUAUCACCUAUGUUUAGUAUAGAAAUCAAUGGUUUUGUGAAUUCCAUGCAUUUUACUAGUGACGGGACUCAGUUGUAUGCAGCCAUUGGUCAAGAACACAAGUCAGGGAGAUGGUUCAAAGUAGGGAGUGCCAAGAAUGGUGUGUUAGUUGUAAAUUUUAAUAUUAAGUCAUAGUAUGUUGUUAAUUAUAAAACAAUGAAUCAUUUUAUUUUUCA